CAGACUGUGGACUAUCAGUAAACAGAUAUGAGUUAGUCAUUAACUCAAUUUAAACAGCACAUUCACCAUUCCUGCGCUUUCUUUAUUUUACUGCAUUUCCUCUCAUUUGAGGAGAAAUCAGACGGUAUUGAUCGGCUGUUCUGCCUGUGUGUGAUCAUGGCGAGGAAACUCUUCCUCUGCUUCGUUUUGCUGAUUUUCUUCUGGGCUGAUCCAGCUCUCAGCUCUCGCCCAGUCUUCCACAGUGGACCCAGUGCUCACAUGCUGCUGCGCUCCCGCAGAGCCAACAGCUUCCUGGAGGAGAUCAAGCCUCCGUCUCUGGAGAGAGAGUGUAUCGAGGAGCGCUGUGACUUCGAGGAAGCCAGAGAGAUCUUCCAGACCAGAGAGAGCACGUUGGAGUUCUGGACUCGCUACGUAGAUGGAAACCAGUGCAACCCUAACCCCUGCCAGAAUGGGCUUUGUGUGGACCAGUACCAGUCCUACAUUUGCAACUGUGACCAUGGCUUUGAAGGGAAAUACUGUCAAAUACAAGCCUCAGCCUUUAACUGCUCUGUGAACAAUGGCGACUGCGAUCACGACUGCCAAGACAGGAAGGACAAAACCGGACGGAUCUGCAGCUGCGUCCAAGGAUACCAACUCCACGAAAACUCUAAAGAGUGCACGCCCAAGACUCAAGAUUCAUGUGGACAGAUUUUGAUCGCAAAGUCGUCUCAGAGUACCAAGCCCAAGCCUGUUCUACACCCAUGGCUUUCUGGUGGUACAGUUGGAAAAAAGGGAGAAAGUCCCUGGCAGGCUCUUAUUCUGAACGCCAAAGGAAAAUUCCACUGCGGCGGCGUCUUGCUUGACGAAAGUUGGGUCCUAACUGCUGCCCACUGUCUAGAAACAAGCCUUCGCUUCAGUGUGCGACUAGGUGACUACUUACGAUUCACGAAAGAAGGAGAUGAAGUGACCAUCCCCGUGUCGAAGAUCGUCUCCCACCCAAAGUACAAUCCUCUAACUGUGGACAACGACAUUGCCCUCCUUCGCUUGUCCACUCCGGUAAAAUUCACCACGUACAUCCUGCCGGCGUGCCUCCCGAGCCGCAGCCUGGCAGAGCGAGUGCUCCAUCGCAACGGGACCGAAACGGUGGUGACCGGAUGGGGCAAACCGAACGAGACGGCCACCCACUACAGCUCGGCUCUCAGCUACAUCAAGGUCCCCAUUGUGGAUCGUGCAGAGUGUGCCCAACAUAUGGUCAACAACCUCACCCAGAACGUGCUGUGCGCUGGAAUCAUCGGGAAGAUCAAGGACGCUUGCGAGGGUGAUAGCGGAGGUCCCAUGAUGACCCUCUACCACAACACGUGGUUCCUCCUAGGCCUCGUGUCCUGGGGCGAGGGAUGCGGCCGUACAGACAAACUGGGCAUCUACACCAAGGUCUCCAAUUAUAUGGAAUGGAUAGAGAGCGUCCGGAAGGAACCAACAGCCCAUUGAUUCAUCGCCAGGAUUUCAACAAUUCUCUGCAUUUACCUUAUUCACACAGUGGGUGUCUUGCUUAUUAUGUCUCGAAUUACUGGGUGGUAACAGGACAGUAAAAAGCUGGUAACAGCGUCUCAACUAACUAUGAUAUUGGCCUGUGCUGUAGAAAUAUAACUAUCUAGUAAAAACUUGAGACUGGCUCAAGACUUGAUUAGAAUCAAAUCCCAGAGGCUCAAGACUCAACUUGGACCCACAUCCCAAAUACUCAAAAAAACAUACCCAAGAAACCUUAGAGAUUGAAAACUCCACAUGGCAUCAAAUCCUAGAGACUUAAGACUUGACUUGGACAUGCACCUCAGAGAUUAUAGACUCAAGAUUGAGACUCAAAUCACAAAAGUUGAGACUUGAUUCAGACUCAAAAACAAGAUUCAACUCAAGAUUCAACUCAGGGACUCAAGAUUCAACUAGCACUCAAAACAUUAUUGACUCUAGAUUGUACUGGUACUUAUUCCUCGGAAACUUGACAUUGGCCUGGGCUGUAGGGAUAUAACUGCAGGGCUAAACUCACUAACCAUCUGCUAAAAACUUGAGACUGGACUCAAGACUUGAUUAGAAUCAAAUCCCAGAGGCUCAAGACUCGACUUGGACCAACGUCCCAGACACUCAAGCCUCAACACAGGCAUACACCCCAGAAAACUUAGAGAUUUGAGUUGAUUUAUGUUCAACCACUUGAGACUCUAAUCAAAUUCUAGAGACUCUAGACUCGACUUAGAGUUGCAUCUCAGAUACUCAAGUCUUGACACAAAUUCACAUCCCAUAGACUCUACUCAGACUCAAUACCCCAGAAACCUCUGAGAUUCGAGAAUCAACAUAGACUUAUGCAGAGUCUCAGUCACAAACUCAUGCUUAAGAGACUCAAGUCCAAAAUAAAUUCUAGGGGAUUUUUAUUUGACUUAGACUUAUACCCUAGAAACCUCAGAGAUUCAAUACUAAGCAAGAACUUGAACACAAGAAACUGUAGACUUAACAUGGGGUCAAACAUAGAAUCAAAUCCUGGACUCUUAAGACUUUACUUGGACUCGUACCUCAGACACAUUCACACCCCAGAGUCUCUAUUCUUGAUGGGAACCCAAGAGAAUCAACACUGAUUGAUAUAGAGUGUCUAUACCUGGCUUGUGCCUAAGAGACUUAACUCAGAAUCAAAUCCCAGAUGCUUGUUAUUCAACAACAUACCCCAAAAACUAAGACCCCUACCCCUAACAAGACUAAGCAUAGACUUGCACCACAGAGACUGUAAACUUGACUUAGACUGUACCAAAAGUCAAACCUCAGAGACUUGAUACUUAACCCUGCCUUAAAUCCCAGAGACUUAAGACACAAAAUUAAACUUAAACUCCAUAUCUCAGAAACCUGGGAAGAGGUUUAAGAAUAAAUACAGACUCAUGAAGAGUCUCUAGAUUUUACUUAAAGUCAUGCAUGACAGACUAAACUCGGAAUCAAAUCCCAAUUGCUUAUACCCCAGAAACCUGGAGUCAAAUAUGGAGUAAAACCCACUCUAAGCACAGACUUGGACUCCAGAGACUGUAGACCUAACAUGGAGUCAAACCAAGAAACCUCAGAGAUUCGAGACUCAACACAAAAUCAAAUUCUAGAGGCUUGAGACUUGGAUUUGGACUUUUACCUCAGACACCCAAAACUUCACACGUUUGAAACUCUAGACUGGUUUAAAAUCAAAUUACAGAGACUCAAGACUGUACUGAGACUCAAUUUCCCAGAAACCUCAGAGGUUUGAGACUCACCAUAGAAUCCAAACCUACAGGCUUAAGACUUGACUAGGACUUGCACCUCAGAGACUUUAAACUCAACCGGCACUCAUGCUAUAGAGACUUGAGACUUAAAUCAUAAAAUUUGAGACUUGGAACACCAGAGACUCAAGACUGAACCUUAGUACCUUAUGGACUCUAGACUUGACUGGGACUUGUGCCUCAGAAACUUUAGACUCAACUUAGACUCAAACCCAAGAGACCUUAAAGACUCAACUUGGACUCACCCUUCAGAAACGCAUGACUCAACUCAGACUCGUGCCUCAGAGAUUUCAGACUCGAUUUGGACCCAAGACUCAACUCUGACAUUGCUGCAGAGACUCAAUCUGCAGAGAUUUGUAUCUUAAGUCCCUGGGGUCCAAGUCUUCCUUGGGUUUAGACCUCUGGGGCUUGGACUAGGCACCUCAUUAACUCAAGAUUCAACUAAGACUCACAUAAAAGCAACUUAUGAACUCUGUCUAGGACAUGCCAAUUGGUCUGAAGCUUUGAGGCAGUAAAGAAAAACUACUAAUGUGUGUUGACAGUAGUACAAAAAUAUGUGAACUUUCCUAAAGCUUCUGAAUUUAUACCCUGUGACAUAAUAAGCAAAGUGGUCUCUGUGUGAAUAGGAUAAAUGGAUCUGAACAAUUUCAUAAACUCAAUUAAAUCUGAAGUGUCUGUUUUCUUCAUUAAAGCUCACACACUUUAAAAUCA